AUGUUUCAUUUAGCUACGAAAUUUCCUUCACUCGUGUACACAGUUGACUCACUGUACAGCGUUUUCGGGCUCUCAAGCAAUGCUACUCAUCAAGAUAUCAAAGAAGCGUUCUAUCGACUGUCAAAAAUAUAUCAUCCUGAUGUGACUGAUGAUCCUAACUCUAGAGAAAAGUUCCAUGAGUUGACAAAAGCCUAUGAAAUCCUGGGAAAUCCUGUCAAGCGGAAUGAAUAUGACCGUGGCCUAAUUCAUACGAGAGGCGGUGGUGUGCAUCACUUGUCUAAGGAAGGUUACACAAUUGACUCUGUAAAGGACAAAGGCUCAGACAGUUUUAAAUCGUUCUAUGUAAAACAACACAAUCGAACUUUGAAUGAAUUUUGGAUGAAACAUUCGGAUUGUGAAUCUACAAUGUCCACCAUUGAGUUGAGGAAAGACCAUUCAAGAUUCUUGGAGGUAUUGCUUAUGACGGUGUUGUAUACCAUUUUAUUGGCUUAUUUGUAUUCGAGAUAUUACGAAAAACCCAUUGAAUUCAUCCGACCUUCGGAAGAAUAA